AGUGCUGUAUCAAAAGCUGCUCCUGUUUAUUGAGGAAGAAGCCAGGAAGAAAGGGACAAAGAAAAAUGGCCGAGAAUGGAGAAAAUGCUCCCCUGGCUGGGGGAAGCCGUGCUGGGAGUGCUGACCCUCUGGUGGGUCCUGAAAGAUCCAGAGGAGGCUCCAACAGCCGCGCCCUGAAGGUGGCCGGCCUGACCACGCUGGCAUGUAUGCUGGUGGCCAGUCAGGUGUUUGUGGUCUACAUGGUGUUUGACCAGAGGCAGCAGAUCCACAGCCUGCAGAAGAACGCUGACAAAAUGAACAGGCAGCUGCAAGCACCUCAAGCGGCUCCAAUAAAGAUGCUUGAGCCAAUGAACAGAUUUCAUUUGAUGGACGUAUUAUUGGAUGCAGGCUCAGCAGCACCAGAGCCGAAGCCCAAAGCACCUGUCAAACAGGAAGAGAAGCCCAGUGUGCAGACGUCCAUCGGCGUGGAGGAGAUGAUGAGUCUCAUGGAGGAGAACUUUGAGCUGCCAAACUUCAACGACACCAUCCUGGGUAACCUGCAGAGCCUGAAGAGGCAGAUGAACCAGAGUAACUGGAAGAGCUUUGAAUCGUGGAUGGGAAACUGGAUCCUCUUUGAGAUGGCCCAGGACAAGUCUGUGCCCCCCAAUGCUUCGGCCAUCAAGACCAAGUGUCAAAUGCAAGCAGAAGCCAGGGGCCGCCAGCUGUCCCUCUUCCAUCCCGUGUGUGACGAGCAGGGCCGCUACCAGGCCACUCAGUGCUGGCACAGCGUGGGCAUGUGCUGGUGUGUGGACGUGCAGAGCGGCGUCGCCAUCACGGGCACCGCAACGCGCGACCGCUACCUUGAAUGUGGAAAAGAUAGAUUUGAAGCCUGAGGCUGUCUGUCAAGAAUAAUACAGAGAGAUGAAAUAUACCUUUUUUCCCCGACCUUCUCACUUUAGCUUCUGAGUAUGCUUUUUAUGAGACGACGACAGGAGAUGGUGAUUAUUAAAGCUUAGUUUUGUUUAAACAAAUGAAGCCCUGUUCUUACUCUUCAUCUGAUUGAUGCAUGCGUAAGGAAUCAUUUUGGGCUGGUAAUCUUGAACUAAUCAAUAUAUAUUCUGCUACUCGGCCGGUAUGGCCACAUGGUAUGUUACUCCUUGUCAUGCAGUAGGCUUCACACUGUAUGUUGUAUUCAUUCAUUCAUUUCAACUUGAAUAUCCAAAUAAACUACUAGCGGAUAUUCUUAAGAGUGCCUUUUUAAAAAAUAAAAUAUAAAAAUCCUUAACUCAUGUUUCCAGCAGGAUUACAUGCAUUUAGCGACCACAAUAUUAGGCACGCCUGAACCAUCUAAUGAGCUUCAAUGGUAUCGAUACAUGGUCACUUUAUUGCCUUAAAAUUUGAGCUGUCAAAAAUAACUCGGUACAAAAUUAAUUUCAUUAAGUACGUUACAUUUGUUUGUGUAAUUGACGCAUGCGCACCAGACCUAGCACGCCUCUGUUAUGACGGCAGACGGUAUCACAGUGGAGCGUCACCACACAGCCGCACACAGUCUGACGCUCUUUUAUAGCUUCAUUCUGACCUGAACACACCAACAGCAGUACAAUUCCAACACCGUAUACACCGUAUAUCUCCAACUCACACACGCCUCUAAUCCGUUCACUCGGGCACGACUCCUACUCGUUCUACCGAAUUACAAGAACCCGAGAUGUAUUCAGGGACACUCCGAACAUCACAAAAACACCUUUAUCAUGCGUGUGUGUGUAAAUAAACAGGAAGAUAAAGAACAAGAUGAGGUGGAUAUUCUUAUCACUCACUUCGUAACUCUUAAUUAGGAUGUAAAAAUUGCUACAUUUAAGUGUGCUGGAAAAUACACUAAAAACAAGUUAAUUUACCUUACACGAUGUGAUAUCUUUGAACGCAACCCGUCAUUGGUCAUAAUAACGCGGUUUAAAGUGUGAUUCUGCUACAUAGAUUUUUAGACUUGUGUGGUAUCUUUUAGCUUGAUUUACAUAUUCAGUUCAUUUGGAGCUGUUAAUAAAUACAAAUAUAUAUAA